UCUAAAUAUAAGGAUUUAUAUUAGUGGUACAUUUUCAUUUUAAAAUAGUUGUCAUCCUUCGUACAUAUAUUUAAUUAAUUAAAAAAAAAUAGCAGUAGUAAAAGAUAAGAUUAUGAAUAGAGUUGGUGAUGAUCUGGACGUCAAUUAGGAAUUAAUGAAAUCAACCCGCACCAACACCCUCAACUUCGUACUACGACUUCCAGUCUCAAUGCCGAUAACUUGAUCCCACCGAACCGUAGAGAAACCCGCCUUCAACAAUUUCCACUUGAAAAAAAAAUAAAGGAAAAAUACGACGAUCCAUAAAUUCCUUUUCACAUGCACACAGAGACGUUCUCUGCUCUGUUUUUUGGGCCCCAAAAAUUUGUCGACGAAAACCUAAAAUCACCGGAGAGCGAUCUCGAUGGCCGAAACCCCGGCGGAUCAGCCACCGGCCCGAUCCCAGCCCGAAGCCCGCACCGGAUCGGGCCAUCAGUACUGGUGCUACCACUGCGACAAGCGCGUCUCCGUCGAAACCCUCGCAGAUCUGCCCGACGUCGUCUGCUGCGACUGUAAAAACGGAUUCGUCGAGUUAAUUGCCGCCUCGAGUUAAUUGCCGCCGCAGCCGUCCCCUGCUGCUGCGGCGGUGCCGGAUCCUUUGGAGGAUCCGAAUUUCGGGAGUCAGUUCAUCCAGGUGCUCCGCUUAAUCGCUCAGGCGGCGCGGGAGGAGGACGCGCCGCCCCCGUUGCCUUCCGAUCCGUCCAGCAACGAUUGCCUCCAAAUCGAGCUGGACGAGUGGGACAACGACGAUGAUGAGGAGGAAGAGGACUACGAGGAUGAGCACUCUGUGGAAGUCGUCCGCGAGGAGGUGGAGAAUCGCGAGCGUGGGGCGGGGAAUAACAGAUCCGUAGGCAGCGGCGAUGAGGACGAGGAAGGGAUUGAAGUGGUUGCACCGCGCGGGGAGGGCGAGGAAGACAAUGAGGACGAAAUGGUUGAGAUGAUGCGGCGGCGGCGCGAUGUGCUCCAGCUCCGAUUGAGGGAUUUCGCCUCUCGCGCCGCCAGCAGGCGCAACCGGAUUCUCGAUUGGGCAGAUGUGCUGAUAGGGCAGGAGGACCACUCGAUUGAGCUGACGCUGCAGGUUCCGGAUUCGGAUACCUACGUGGGGAAUCCGGGGGAUUACGUCGACGCCUCUGAAUACGAGGCUUUGCUGCAGAACUUAGCCGAGAGUGACAGCGGAGCGCGGCAUGGGGCGCCUCCGGCUGCAAAAUCAGUGGUGGAGGGGUUGGAGGGUUUUUUUAUUGACAAAGAGGAAAACGUAAUUGCUUGUGCUAUAUGUAAAGACACGGUGAAUGUGGGAGAAAUUGCGAAGAACUUGCCUUGUGGACAUGGAUAUCACAGCGACUGUAUUGUAACGUGGCUUGGGGCGAGGAAUUCGUGUCCUGUUUGUAGGUUUGAGCUGCCCACAGAUGAUCCGGAGUAUGAAGAGGAGAGGAAGAAGAGAGUUGUGGCGGCCGGUUCAAGGGUGGCUUCGUCCAGUUCUUCUCCCUCUGCUGCUGGUGGUGGUGGUGGUGGUGAUAGUCCUGAUUCUUCCUUGGCAUAAAUUGUAUUGGUAUGCCGCUAAAUUUAUGCACUUGAUUUACAUUUGUCUUGUUAGUUGUAGCUCUGCAUUUGGUGAUCGGUUUUAUUAGUUUUUCCAAUUGGGACAUUGGUUGUGAACUAAGCCUAUUUGUAAAUAACAAUCUUUCUGGUUGAAAAAUUCCCAAUAAGUUCCGUAUGAUAAAAACAUUUGUCAA